CAACUUCCAGGAGGAGCUAUCACUCAUGAUAUCUACAAAUGGACUGAAGGUGUCGAGAACGAACAAGCCGCUCGACGACAUCGUUCUCAAUCGGUCUCUCUCCCUCGCCAAAUACCAGGGAAUCAUACUCUGGCUAACCUAAAGGAUCCCGGAGGAUUUCGCCGCCACUUUGUUGUCGACCAAGCGGCCAGGCAAGGAAAACCUCCACCAAACUGGAUGACACGCACAUUUGUAGAUUUUCUAGCCUUAUAUGGUCAUUUUGGUGGUGAGGAUCUAAGUGACGAUGAAGGUGACGAUAGAAGUCAUAUUCCGAGAGAUGAAGAACUUGCUACCGAGACUACACCGUUGGUUCUUAAUAUUCAGCCUAAUGCUGUUCAGGGCACAGCUACACCCGCGAAAGCAGUGUUUCUAUUGCUUAAAUCUUUUGUCGGAACGGGUGUUAUGUUCUUACCUAAAGCUUUCCACAACGGAGGACUUGCCUUUUCAUCCGCAGUUUUGACUCUUAUUGCAAGUGUCUCUCUUUAUACUUUUCUAUUGUUGGUCGAAACAAGAGCCCGUGUGCCUGUGUCAUUUGGAGACAUUGGCGGCGCCCUGUUUGGUCCUUUUAUGCGCCUGGCUGUACUGAUAGCCAUUACAUUAUCGCAGAUUGGAUUUGUUUGUGCCUAUAUGGUCUUUGUAGCACAGAACGUCCAAGCUCUGGUAGAGUCUGUGUCCCAAUGUGAUACACGCGUGCCGCUCUCGUACCUGAUCCUAGGCCAAAUCGUUAUCUUUGUGCCGCUGGCAAUGAUCCGCAAGAUUCAGAAACUGUCGGUGUUUGCGCUCAUUGCAGACCUCUUUAUUCUCAUCGGUCUCCUUUAUCUUUAUUACUUUGACCUCUUUACUCUUGCAGCAAAAGGUGUCGCAGAUGUUGUCUGGGGAAUCAACACCACGUCCUUCCCAUUGUUCAUUGGCACCGCUGUAUUUACUUAUGAAGGUGUCGGACUCGUUAUUCCUAUCACAGAGUCUAUGAAGGAUCCUUCAAAAUUCCCAAAGGUUCUGGCUGGUACUAUGGUCUUUAUCACAGCCCUGUUUCUCUCUGUGGGCUUUAUCUCUUAUCUAGCCUUUGGAAGCAAUGUCCAGACCGUAAUUCUUUUGAACAUGCCAGGAACACCUACAGUCAACACUAUUCAGGGUCUGUAUGCGCUUGCAAUAUGUCUUUCUAUUCCUCUCCAGCUUUUCCCAGCAAUCCGUAUUAUUGAAACUGGCCUAUUUUCUCGGUCAGGAAAGUUCAACACGGUGGUAAAGUGGGAAAAGAACAUCUUUAGAUUCUUGACGGUGUUAGUGUGUGCUGCUAUUGCCAUUGCUGGAUCAACCGAUCUUGACAAAUUUGUAUCUUUAAUUGGUUCCGUUUGCUGUGUUCCUCUCUGCUUCUUUUUCCCUCCUCUCUUCCAUCUCAAGGCAAUCGCAAACACAUUCAAGCAAAAGGCGAUUGAUAUUAUUAUUAUUAUAUUUGGCUUGACAGCUAUGAUAUACACAACUGGUAUUACGAUUGUACUCUGGUCUGCAGGUGGAGAAGCACUACCAAUCUCUCGCUGUCCUUCG